UUUAUACGAUCAGCUCGAUUAUAAGUAUUUGCAGUUUGUAUUCAACACGCGAAUUCCACAAAAUGAAAUUGUUUCCGCUAGUUUUUGUGGUUGGUUUUGUGCAGUUAUGCUGGUGUUCCUCCAUUGCAAAGAGAUCAUCAGAAAUAAUAGAACAGAAUGGGUCAAAUAUUGAACGAUUUCGCAGUGAUUGGAAAACAAUUCCAGGAAUAAAACCCGGUGCUGUUGACGAUUUUAUUAGCAUUUUUGACAAGUUCCGUCCGAAUUCAACCGACCAGGAAAUCAUCGAAGGCACGGUCCAGCUCGUGAGUCUCGCCCUUAAUGUCGACGUCUCCAAAAUAAAUAAAACUAUUUUCGAGCAUUUUUCACAGAAGAAUACCAAUGAAAAUGACAACAAUUCUGAAGAGGUCGAAGGUACUUCGCCAAAAGGCAUAACAGAAAACGAUUUGAAAGAGUUGGAGACCAUAUUGUCUAAGGAACUGGCACCUGCUCAGACUAAACUGGCAAUUCAAAUUUUUCACGGUUUUCGUCAAGGUGCAACGGCUAGGGAGAAAGAAGCCGCUUUGGUGAAUUUGUAUACAUCCGCCAUAAGUGGAGCGUUCGGCAAGCCAAAAUAUGAUGUUGUGGACAACGAAAACGUUUCGGUAGAAUGGAAUGAAAACAAUGAAGUGUAAAUAAGAGAAUGACAUAAAUAAAUCACGCACUAAGUACAUGAACAUUGCCACCGUA